GUCACGAAAAUUUUCAUCCAACCCACAAGCGUUUGAUUGACCCCGAAAAGACCUAAAUAAUUUUCUACGAAGCGAAUGUAGUGCACCGAAUUGAGCCAUGGAUACUGCAUUUCCAUGAAGCUAGAAGGUGCAAUUUUUACGUUUAGUUCGAGCAAUGGAUAGAUAUUUUCCCAUUUAAUCUAAAAACUGAAAUGUAGCUGCAAUUUUAAAUGCAUUUUUCGCAUCCAGAGGCCGCCUAAUCGAGGCUUGAAAAAUCAAAGAUGGCAGCCAGUUCACGAAUUUCCCUAAAUUACAUGGAAAACGGAGAUAUUUCUUCAGGUGUCUUAAGCAGCAAACAAAAUGAACUCCAAAAGAAAAUGGAAAAAUUGCAUAGAUGCUAUAUGAAAGGGAAGGAAUGGAAAGAGAGUAUCAAGGUUGUUCAGCAGAGCUUGUCACGGGAUAAGAAAAUGAUGAUGGAAGAUAAAGAAUCUGGCACGAUAAGGUCGUGUGUGGACAGACUGCAGAGCUGUGUUAAAGUAGUCAGUCAGCAGACUUUAUUAGAACGACUCGAGACGUCAGCUAGACAGGUUGGUUUAAUGUUCAGUCCACCCGUCGGAUCGGAAAAGAGUGCCAUUAUCAGCAGUGAAAUGUUCCGCAUUGAAAUCAUAUUUGACCCUGGAGGCCUUGUGAAAGAUGCUCGUGUCAGUCACCAGGGGGAGCCAACUAGCUGUGAUGAAAUUUUAGAAGUUUUAAGACAAGGAAGUUUUGAGGAAUUUAUUGUACACAUGAAGGGGCUGCAGAAUAUUUAUGAUGUACCAGGAGACAGGAAGCAGAAAUCCAAGUGUUUCCUGGCACUGCAGGCCCUGGAGGCUGAUCUCAAUGGGUUGGCCCAGCUGCAGAGUUCCAUCAAAGGUGUCUCAAAUUGUAUUCACAAAUCUCCACUUGGUAUUCUCCUGCCAAGGAAAGGAGGCUAUUCAAUGAAGCUUGUGUAUCAUGUGUCGCCGUACGAUUUACUUGACAAAAAGAGCAGAUCUCCACAUCCUUUAACUGUAGAAGCCAUAACGGAGCAUGGUUUGGGACAGAGUGUUACUAUAUGUAUAGAGCCACACACACAUCGACGCUUACAGAGUAUACCACUGAUGUCUGUCAUUCAGCAGGAUGGCAAAAGCUUGCCAUCUUUCCAAGCCUUAUCUCAGGUCAACAGCACAUCGCUGCCUGCUUGUUUUACCCUGGUACUGGCAAAACCAAUUCCAGUGGCUGCAUCAGUGAUUCAAGCCAUUCAAGAAGUUACAGAUAUUGAUGUGAUAACCGAGGGAAAGUGUGAUACGUUACUUAAUCUAGUGCUCAGUCAGUCUUCUAGAGGUAAACUCAGUCCAGACUCGGAAUUCUUUGUGACCCUGCCUGACCAACAACAUGUGUAUUAUCUGAGGGAUGUUGGAGAAAGCUCUCUUCACCAGAUGGCCAGAAUGGUCAGCCGAGUACCCUUCACGCACCCUACAAAUGUUGCUAACAUUCUGAACCAGCUUCGCCAGCAGCUGCUUUAUAAUACUGUAGUCAGCAGUUGUAUACGGCCCUACGCAAAGCAAGAUCUGCUGUCGUCUGUGGUGUUUGAGGUAGUGUGCACAUCUCUACAACAUUUUACCAUCAUGUUUGAACAUCCACUGCAGGACACGAUGGUUACCGCUGAGGUUGACCUUAGUGACAUCACUGGGGUCAAGUUCAAGGUCAGUAUAGGUGAUGAUGGAGAGGAUUUACUAUCAGAUGAUGCAGCUUCUAAAAUCUUCCAGAGGUGCAUGUCUAUCCCAGUAACUCUGAGAUCGGUUAUCCACAAAGUUUCAGAACAACUACGCAGAGAGCCCUCCCCGGAACCUGUUGAAGUUUUCAUGGAUAUUGACCAGCCCUCAUUUAUGAUGCCUGCGGACGUUACAUUUGCCACACCUUAUCUUCCUCCUUCAUUGGAGAGUAAAAACUUGUCUCAUCCUGGCAACAUAGGAAUACUGAAUGCAAAGAUACCGCCAGGAUUUGGAGGAUUCUCUGUUCCGAAUCCAGCUCAAGGAGGGACCAUGUUGCCACCACCCGUAGUGGAUGAAUCCAAGAGAGGUGACCCAGACGUACCCAGCAGUAAUCCGCUGUUAGUGACAUUGUUAGAUCAGGAUUCUCCUGAUCCCGAACCUCCCGCAGUUCAUGAGAGCCCAAUGCUGUCCAAAUUGCUGGAGGAUGCACCUGUGAGUUCUCGUGCAAGUACUAUUAAUAAUAACAAUAAUAAUGUGGCUGCUCUCGCAUCUAGUGUCCCAGUACCACUUAAAAGUGGGCGUGGUCGACCACCAAAGAGGAAGUCGUUGACAGAACCUCCCAAAGGGAAGAGUCCGAAACAAAGGUUCACAGACAGUGAACUACAGAGUCAUUCAUUUGAUUCUGUAAGUUCUUUUGAUUCAGACUUUCAGAGCAUGGAGUCUUCUCGUUCACAUCAUGUUUCUCUGUCGUCGCCCAUCGAUCUGACAGAUGAUUCAUUGAAUCCGCUGAAGAGGUUAGAAAACACAUUAGAUAGUAUCCAGGGAAAGCAGAGCCAUCUCCCAAACGACUCAUUGGCCGAUUUAACCAGUGAACUCGAUCCCAUGCAGGAUAUUCAUAUGUUCAAUCAAACGAAUUCCGUGCCAAAAAACAUGGCAAAGUCUACCUCUCUUGAGGGUAUCCUCAACAGGUCGGGGGAGGUGUCAAGGACAAAGGACCUACAUACAUGUAAACCUCAUCACCUUCAGGACAGCAACGAUAUGCCAAAUAACCAGGCACGGAAGACAUUGGUACGACAGAAUUCAGUGGGUAGAAGUACACAGUUUCAAAACCAAAUGUCUAUAGACUCUAACGACAGUUUUAAAGCAGGCAGCAAUUUAUCGUUCUCUCAUUCAACCAGUUUCACACAGGGAAACACAAGUGAUAGUGACAUUUCUGACAGGACAUCUUUAUAUUCUAGUAAGUCAUUUGAUAUAUCGGAUUCUUUUAACAUCAGUCCAAGGAGUAGUUCUUCCCUAUCUCAUCUCGAAAUGGGAGAAACUUCAGAGAUUAAACCAGAGCUGAAAAUUGUGCACAAGGACUUGCGAUCAUUGUUACUUGGUUCACCCCAUGAAAACAGUGUUCAUCAGAGCAAGGAGUUAAAAAUCAAGAAUAUCAAGGGAAAGAUGCGAAUGAAACUGUCGGGGAUAAAAAAUUCAGAUUUGUUAGGAAUGAAUAACAAGAAAUCUAGUGCUGAGGCUUAUGACUUCAACAGUGAUGAAGAAGAUAGCAAUGAUCUACGAAUGAUUUCCUCUUCUCCUGGAUUACAUUUAUUUAACAAAUCAAAAAACACAAAACACUAUUUAAACAAAUAUGGAAAAACUGACAAGUUAAAAAAAAAGGAGGUGAAAAAUGCAGAACCUGGGAAACGGAAACGAGACAAAAAAGAGAAAGAGCAUAAGAAAAGGAAGCGUCUAGAGAGUAACAGUCGAGUCACAUCUUGUGAAAUGUAUAGUGCUACCCCUGUAGAGAGUGAAGAUAAAACAUCGACAAAGCUCAAGAUUAUCAAGUCUAUAGGACAUUCUAUGGAGAACAGCCCCAGAUCCUCACCUUCAAGCAGAGAUAAGGGGGAAGGAAUGAAGAAAUAUGAAGGCAAAUCAAACUUGAUCAGUCAAAAGUCAGUGAAAAAUUCCCACAAGUCUUUGUCUAUGUCCAGUGUUAAUGUCAGUAAAGAGGACUCAAAACUAAUGACCAAAACCCCCAAAAUCAAACUAAAACCAAUUGCCAUACCCACCAGUUCAUCUGUGUCUAGUGCUAAAACCCCUACCCCCACAUCUGGUUCAUCCACUCCAACCUCCACUACAAUUGGGAGAAUAGGUGCAGUGUCCAUUCUGACAUCUGGGAAUUCUAAAACAGGAACACUUACUCCUCCUCCUGGCAAAGUUAGUAAUCCCAUUUCAGCAAAAACCCCACCCUCCAUAGUGGGAUCCUCCAAAACAUUUCCCAGCAAUAAGAAUGUUUCAUCUACCUCACAGAAGGCUGCUACCGUGGAGAGAAAGCUCUCUCAAAGCAGUCGAUCAUCCUUUGGAAUGUCCAAAAGCUCAAAUGGGAAAUACUCCAGUGAUCGGAAAAGCAACUCCCCCUCUCUGUCUGGGAGUAAGAGUGGUUUGAACUCUUCUAAGUCAUUGAAUUCAUCCAGUAAAGGACAGUCAUCUACGUCCUUUGGCAAGAAUUCCACAAAUCCCCUUAACUCUGUUUUGUCAUUCUUAAAUCCUAAAGACAAAGGCCUUUCAAGCCUUCCACGCAUUCCUAAAAUCAGUUCUGCAUCCACAUCCAAUGUAAACAAUACCAAAACAACAGUUUCCAUGACAACCAUAGCUGUGACAACAACUUCUACCAUGGCAACAAGUGUUGCAGGAAUGUCAAAAACAACGACUGUCAAUUCACAUACAGCCACAAAAGUGAGUGUUUCAAAUCAGUAUCAAGGAGGGAUGAAUAACUCACCGAAUACCCCAGGAACCCCCAAGACUCCUACUAAUGGUAGUUUUUCAUCUAACACUAAAAGUAAUGUAAAUGUUACUGCAGGUGCUAAAGGAAAUAUUCUUGGAGGAAAUUCUCCCACAGUGAGAGGUAGCCAAUUAGGAAACAGAUCUCCAAGCAUUAAUAAUUCCUCCAACAAUAAAUCACCAAGUAGCACUACUGGAAAAUCUCCACUUAGUCAUACAAAUAAGCCUGGAAAUGUGAACAGACAAAAUUUCAAUUCCAAUCCUCCCAAAACUCCUGUUGGUAGUGGUACUUCUCACCCACUUAAGACUCCACCCAGCAGUGGCCAUGGUGGUAGUCCCAACAUUAACAAGUUAAGUUCCAACACCUCUACUAACAACAUGAGCAGGCCCAAUCCACAGGUCUCCCCAAGUAACUACACCACCAAAAGUGCUUCAGGGCAAUCCAUAAGUGCCACAAACUUAUCCAGGAAUUCUAGUAGUCCGGGUGUGAGUCAAUCUCCCACAAGUAAAGCCUUAAACAAUGUAACCAAAGCCCAUGAAUUGUCUGUAUCUGUUCUGGCGUCCAGUAAAGUUACAAGUCCUCUCACAGUGAGCUUGGACACUCCACCGAAGACAACUACUAGUUCCAUGGUGUCUCCAACUGCUGCCUGCCCCUCCUCCAACUCCAAGAUCCGCCCACGAAAAAGCUCUUUAUCAGCAGUGAUAGAUAAGUUGACAAAUGCCAAAGUGCCUCAUGGAUUAGGAGGAGAAACAGGACGACACAAUUCUGUGGAUGAAUCGGAGCAAACCAAACAGAAAGGAGAGAGUCCAUCAGCUAGUUUGGAUCGAUCUAAUAGUAAUUCAGAGAAACCUGUGUCUGACCUUAAGCACGCCGAUUCUAGUGACAAAAAUGUUCCUACCAAAGAUGUUGUUAGUGGAAUUGAUAAAAACAAGGAUUAUAAAAUUGUGGAUAAUUCUAGGAAUUUGUUUGCAUCGCUUUUAAAAAGUGCUUCAGAAAAUUUUUCUUCCAGACAUGAUAAGGAUGACAAAGAAAAUGUUGUUAAAAGUGAAGUUAGCAAGAGUAUGGAUGUGAAUGAGGAUACAGAAUCUAAAAAGGAUUUAUCUAUGCAGAUGCUGAGUAAAAAAUCACCAAAAAUGAGUCCUAAAGUGAAUGGUGAGACUUCUUCAACAGCGGAUAGUGCUCGCAACAAGGGGGAAGGUGAGGUGUUCAAAGUUCCGACACCGAAAAGUGUAGUUACAAUUGACGAGAAUGAUUGUGAGGACAUAGAGAAUAUCUCUGUGCGACGUAAAGCUAGGAUAAGCACCACUAAGCCCGUCCUGAGUCCAGCUAGCUCAGGCGGGAGUCCAGAAAAUCUAAUCAUUGACUGUCAGUCUCCACGACAAAACAUCAGCAAGAACAAUUCACCAAAAUGUGUAUUAGACCUUAGUGAGGAAAAUAAAAAGCUUUCACCUGUGACAGUGGUCAGUUUGCGACAGAAAACUCACACACCUUCUCCCAAACCUAAACCUUCUCCAAACCCAUCUCCCAAACCUGUUCAACACAGCUCGCCAGCGGGAUCACUAGAGAUAGAUGAUGAUUUGAUGAAUGAAGCCAUCAUGGGAUUUACAAGCUGAUCAUGUUGUUAUGUUAUAGAUAUCACAUUCAUUAUUUUGUAGAAUUUAGAAUGGGUUUUGCUCAAGUGACAUACUCUGUCUAAUGACAAUAUGAAUUGUUAAAUGCUUUUGAGGACCGUAGCCAGGAUUUAUCAGAGGGGGGUGCAAAAUACCUAGGAUUCCCAGAGGGGGUGUGGCUGAACUGUGGAGGGUUUUAGUUAAUAGAUAUAUGACAAUGAGUGUAGAACACAGAUUAAGGGUAAAUAUAUGUCCCCAAGUAGCAUUCUGAUACUAGAAAUUAGGGAUUAAAUACUGUUUAUCAGUUGAUUUUUUGCUUUGUUGGUGCUUAAUGUUUUUCAAAGAGGGGUGUGUCUGCACACCUCACCCUCCCUGGUUACGGGCCUGUCGUGUAAUAUAUUCUAUUGAAACAAUGGCUUACUUCCUUUUUGGAUGAAUUUAUUUAUUACAGUCCUGAUGCACACUAUGUGCAAGUGUAUUGAUCAACCUGAAUCUCUUUUUAACAUUGUUGAGAGUAACAAAUGGUACCAUGGUAAAUUAUUUUCUCUCUCUCUCUCUCUCUCUCUCUCUCUCUCUCUCUCUCUCACUCUCUCUCUCUCUCACUUUCAUUUAGGAGAAAAUGUGAUUUGUUAAGAAAAAUGAAGGGGAUUUAAAUAGAAUAGUAUUGAUGAUAUACGUAACAUAAAUUAAAUCCAGCUCGUGCUACAUUCCUAGCAUUACCAUGUGUUUCUGCAGCUUCUGAAACUCACACAGGGUCAGGGUAUCACUUUCUUAGAUUUGUUUUAUCUUUUGAAAUGACAUGAAGAGGGGAAAAACCGAAAGCACAACUUAAAAACCCAGAAUGACAAGACAUUGAUUGAAGUGCUCUAGCUACACAUGAAUAAAUCCUAAUAACCUCUCGCUGAAUAUGAAUUUGGCACUGUCUAGAAAGGGGAGGAAACCAUUUUGAAUGGGGUUGUUUAGUAAUUGGAAAUGAGAAAUGUUACAUUAAUGAACAUAGAUUCUAUUGAUAUGGUAUAUUGAAGACUUUUAGAGACAGUUUGAUUUAGAAAAGUUAUUGCUUAUAGAAUAUGAAAAAAUGUAUUUUUCUUACACCGCUUGCAACGAUUCAAAUGAAGUUUUUACCAAAGACUUUUUGCAGUUACAUCUGCAUGAUUUUUAUGUACACCAAAGAUCUGAAUGUAGUGGAAUUCUAGGAAUGGAACAAUUUUACCACCAGUUCAUUGAUAAUAAAAUCCGCAUUGUUAAUUUUUUAACCCCAUUGUGUUUAGUCCCAUACAAUGCACAUGGCUUUGAGACUCCGAAAAAAUGGCAAUCUAGUCUUUUUCUUCUCAGGUGUUCAUUGGACCGUCUAAGUGGUGUCUUUAGUUUUAUGGAUUAUUGAGUCGGACACAACAAAAUUUGAGAAGCACUUUGGUUUAGGUCCUUUAUAAAUGGCAUUUUUAUACGCCUGUCAAAGAUGGGCUGUAUUAUGGUAUGGCGUCGUCCGUCUGUCUGUACUGUCCAGACCUUGUAGGCAAAAUACAAAAUGAACCAUGAGCUAUAGGAUCUUUCAACAUGGUACAUGUACAUUUGAUCACCAUGAUGAAAGGAAGAUGCCUAUUGUUUUUCAAUGUCAAAGGUCAAGGUCAUAGUAUCGGUUAAUAGGACAACCUUGUAGGCAGAAUACAGACCGAACUAUUGGGGCCAGGAUCGUCAAACUUGGUACACAUGUUCCUCAUGCCAAGUGAAGGAUGCCUAUUGCUCCUCAAGGUCAAGGUUGUAUCACUUGGUAGGAAAACCUUGUAGGCAGUUUUGGGUAGGACUGUCAAACUUGGUACACAAACACAUUAUGCCAAGCGGGGAAUGCCUAUUGUUUCUAAAGGUCAAGGUCGUUUCACUCUUCUUGGAGGAAUUUAAAAUUUUUGUCACAACCUCUCUCUUGGAGAAAUACAGAAUCAGUUCACAUUUCAACUUGAUUGGUGAAUUGAGACCUACUUUAGGGCUAAAAGUAGGUCAAAUAGUUUUUGGACUUUUUCUCAUCAUGGAUGCAGAUAUUGCAUUGACAUUUUGUCACAAUUCCUCUCGGAGAAAUGCAUAAUCAAAUCACAUGUCAGAUAGAUUGGUGUGCCAUGACCUACUUUAAGGCUUUUCUAAUUGGAAUGUGUAUGAUAUCAAUUCAGAUUGCGUAAUGUGUUUACAGGUUCAGCUGCAGUAUUUUGUACCGUUUGCGGUACUCUUCUUAAAUAAUAUGAUAAUUUCAGAUGUAAUGAAAGUUGGUUUUCAACAGCUCUUAUUGAAAAGGAGAUAUUGCUCUCUCAUCCAUUGUUUUUUAAAGGGUGAAAGAAAGUUAUAUGGUGAAAUUUAGUAAAGGAUCUAGUUUUGUGGUUAAACGUGAUAGAAAAUCCUGAAUUUUUUUUAUCAAGGUAUAGAUAAUUCAAAACAUUUUAGAUAAUGGAAUGAGUUAAAUAGAAAACCAUGUUCUGGGGGGAAUAUAAAAUGAUGCAGGCUAGUUUACGCUUUAUAAAGCAUUAAACUAUUUAUAGACAAGCAUGAACUCCCUGUCAUUUUUAAUACCCCGUAGUACGUGGGUUGCUUUUAACUUGCUUAAAAUUUUGAUUUUUGAAAUCUUAUUAAUUGCUUUAAAAAGUUUUUGUAAAUCAUCCAAAUUUUUUAAGAAUAGGUAUUGAAUUAGCAGAGAUCUUUGUUUUUUAAUGAAAUGUCUGCUGUUAAAAUUGAUGGAAAUAAUUACAGAUGGGCAACUCGCGUCUGAAACUAUCGAGGGGAAAUUCAGGAGAAUUCUUCAUUCUUUAAUGCUUAAAGCAUUUCAAAUAUCCGCCCCAUAGGACUUGUUAGAAAGGAGGCAUUGUUAUAGGGAACCACCUAUUCCUUGGUUUCAGACUAUAUCAAAACGAAAGUGUACAGUGCAAAACUAAUACUCACUCUCAUGUUGCCCUAAUUUGUCUUAUUAUCAAUGUAUAUUUUGGGAUGUAUGAAGCUUUUGAAGUUUGGAUGUGAGAAGAAUAAAUUAAAUAGUAUUUUUUUGAAGAGAAGAAAGAUUUGAUAAAUGACUUUGUAUUUAUUUAUCCUAUAUUGUUCCUAUUUAUGUUUGUAUUUGGAGUGUUUAUAAAUCGUGUUAGUAUUUUGUGUUGAUGUCUGAACUUAUUGUUGCUCAUAAAUGGAGCAAUUUGUAUUAAAACCAUUGCAUAUAUAUACAUAUUGAUGUAUCAUUUCCUCCCUUUUGUACAUAUUUGUAGAUAAAUUAUCUGUUGACCAUUUGAAAUAGAAUCAGCAAAUGUAAAAUAUUAUAUAUCUGUAUAUAACAUAUAUAUACUAUGUGGGAAGGAAUUUAACACAUACUCCAGUCUUUGUAAAUGCCUGGAGAGUGUGGAGGCUGAUCUAUGAAAAACAAUGCUGUCAUUUUUUCCAUAUGCUGUACUUUGUACAAAAUAGAUUUUUACAUUAUAUAAAGUGAUGAUUUUUAUCUGAUGUCAUGUUUUUACGUGUUUCUGAGACUUUUAUUUGACAUGGUAGAUGUUUAUCAAAUACUGUCAUUAUAAUGUAAAAAUUAAAAAAAUGUUUAAAUCUA